GUUGGACUUGUCGGGUCUUUCUCAAUUGCUUGACUUCGUGUAACAUCCGCCAGCCUUGUGCCACUGCAACGGAAUUUGUUAAUAAAUUGCGAGCCGCCAAUAACUAUGAUCAAUUUGCGACAAUGUCUGGUUGCGCUCGCGAGCGCAAGUACCGUGCUAGCUGCAUCGUCCUACGCAACGCUCGAAGUCCGGAAUGCUGGAGUACCUGCUGGACAGUCGAAGAAUGUCAGCGGAAUUGAAAUAUACCACUCGUACCCGCCCAACAGCAACACCUCAGAGAAGGCGAUCAUCCACUUGACUGACAUCUAUGGUCUCCCAUUGCUACAGAACAAGCUGCUUGCAGACUCGUUAGCCAGCAAUGGCUAUCUGGUUUUGGUCCCAGAUCUCUUCGCUGGUGAUGCAGUCGGUGUGGAAGAGCAUGAAGCUGGUCUCAACUUGACUGAGUGGCGCGCGCUGCACCCCCAGUCCGACAUCGAAGCCGUGAUCACCAGUACAAUCCAGUAUGCGCGGAAUGAGCUCGGCAUUGAGAAGCUCGGAGGCGUUGGGUACUGUUUUGGUGGAAAGUACGUGGGGAGGUGGUUGAAGGGAGACGAUAGUGGCUUUGAUGUAGGCUUCGUUGCGCAUCCCUCGAACCUCCUGGAGACUGAAAUUGAGGCGAUUGCUGGGCCUCUGAGUAUUGCUGCAGGCACACUCGAUGCAAGCUUCAAUGCCACGGCAAAAUCGAAGGCGGAGAGCAUCUUGAACUCGAACAACAUCACCUUCCAGACCAACCUGUACUCGCAAGCCCCGCAUGGAUUCGCGGUGCGACCAAACAUGACGAUUCCGCAAGAGGUCUAUGCUAAGCAAGCGAGUUUCGUGCAGGCCGUGACUUGGUUCGAUGCGUGGCUGUAAGGGCGUUCGCGGAAGUGCUAGAUGAGGAAAGGCGCGAUCUGGGGCGACGCGUUCAUGUACCGGAAUGUAGCGCUAUUUCACGCUAUCCGAAAAGGAAGUCACCGCGCGCGACACCCUCACGUAGCCAGCAAAGUGUUCGCUGCCGGCUGAAAAUGCAACAAUAAAGAUGCGUCACCAGCUACUUAGAACUUGUGACUUCAUAUCCUCGAGUUGAUCAGAUU